AUGUAAAAAGUAGCUUUGGUUUUAUAUGAGUACAUUCAUAAGAAGUACGUAGCCAAGAUGAUCCGUAGAUCAGAUGAUUUGUAUUCACGCCAGGUACGUGAGCCAUUUGAUUGCUUAGAUAGAAUUCGAAAUGGGAGAAGCAGUUAAUUUGAAGGGAAUUCCUUCAGCAGAGCUAAAUAAUGGUAUUCGAUCGUAUUUAUCCUAUCCAUAAAUGUUCCGUGAAUAUGCUAAUAGACCUGGGAAUUGGAUUUUCAUAAUAAUUAAUAUCAUAUGUCUAUCAAUAAUCGAUUUACAGGGUGAAGACUUUUCUCUUUUUUAUUAGUUUGUAAUUCCCUUAUUAACAGGCAUAGCUGCAUUUCUUAUAAAGAUGAUAUACUAUUAAUAUAUCAAAUAUUAAUAGGAUGAACUUAUAAAUAAAAGGAAAGUGACUAUUUUUAAGAGAUUAAAAAAAGUAUGUGCAGUCAAAAAACCUAAAUAAGAAAAAGCGUUGUAGGAGGUUGAUAAUAAGAAUAAUAAUCCUCCUAAAAAUGAAAUUGUUCUACUUUCAGGACCUCGCAAAUAAGACAUUUAUAAACCUAUGAUAAUAUCCUCAUUUCGAGAGGAUAAGAAAAUAAUAUAAUCUCCACCACCAAUUUAAAUUGAAUAGAAAGUUCAAAUAUUUGAGACUGUAUAUUGGGAUUAAAUUGAAGUAGGCGAUAUUAUUUUUUUGUAAAGAAAUGAAAUUUGUCCAGCUGAUAUUCUUAUUUUAGAAUCAAAUUUAGAUCAUUGUUGUGCAGAUGUUACAAGUUUUAGUGGUAAUACAAAUUAAAUUCAAAAAACUCCAAAUAUUUUAACAGCAAUGUCAAGAGUUCAUUAAUUUAAAAAUAAUUGUUUUGAAUAUAGACUAUUAUUAAGUGGAAAAGUGAAUUAUGAUAGAUAAUCAGGUGAUAAAUCUCUUUAUUCUGGUUUUGUUAGAUUAAAGAAUGAUCCUUAAGCUAUUGAUAUAAAAAAAGAAAAUAUAUUAUUUAGAGAAUAAUUAUUAUUGAAUUGUGAUUACAUAUAUGGUUUAGUUUUAUAUGCUGGAAUGACAUCUCGUUAUUAUUACAAUCAACCUAAGAAUAGAAUAAAUAAUUCAUUCUUUUAUACAAAAAUAGAUCGUUAUUUUUAAUUUACUUUAAUCUUAUUAAUAGUAUUAUCCUUUGCAUCUUGGAUGGCAGAAUCUUUACGUUAUAUUUCAUAUGGUAGAGGAUGGAGCCUCUAAACUUUAUCAAAAUAUUUAUUAGGAUAUUUAAAUAUGAUUCCUUAUUAUUUACAUUCUAUUAUUGAUUGUUAAACUCUCAUUUCUAUGAUAAUAAAGAGUCAUCAAUUUAAAUCAAAUACACAAGAAUAAUCUAUUAAAGAUAAAGAUACUACUUUUUAAUUAUAAUCCUUUUAUUCAAGAAUUAAUGAUACUCCUUUGGCUGAUUUGAGUCUUGUAGAUAGUGUAAUUUUUGAUAAAACUGGUACAAUGACUAUACCUUAAUUUAAAUUGAAAAUGAUAUCAAUUAAUGAUUAAAUCUAUAAUAUUAAUAAUAAGACAUUUAAGAAUAAAACUAAUUGGAAAUCCAUAUAAAAAUAAUAAUAAGAUCAUUAUGAAAUUUAAUAAUAUUUUUUAAAAGAUACUCAAUCACCUGUUAAAUAAGCAUCUUAAGUUAAAAUAUCUCCUUCUCCAAAAUAAAUGAAUGGUAGUACUAAACGUUCAUCAAUUAAACCAAUUAAACCAGAAGAAUACAUUUUACCAUCUAAUAGUGAAACUAAUAAUAAUGAUUAAGCUAAUUUUGAUCCUGAAGAAAUGGUUGAUGAUCAUACUAAAUUAAAAGAAAUACAUAAAAGCAAAUAACCUAAAUUAUUCUAAGAUUCUUGGGGUUCCAAUACUGAUAUUGCAAAUGCUAACAAUAAUAAUCCUCCAAGUUAAACUAAUCAAUAGAAUCCUUCUUAAUAAAAUGAAAUUAAAAGAUAAACCUAUGUUUCAGGUGUUACUAUUAGAAGAAAAUAAAGUAUUAAAUUGGAUAGAACCGAUAAAUAAUCACGUAAAUUAUAAUUUGAAAAAUCAAUGGUAUUUACUAAAUUUCUAUCAGAUGAAGGUGUAAAAGCAUCAUUUGAAAGAUUAAGUGAUGAUUAAAAGAAUUUAGAUGAAAAAGAUCUAUUUAAUCGUCUUAUUUCAUAAGAAAGUAAGAAAUAAACUGAAGAAGCUAUAUUUAUAUUAAUGAUUUGUCAUAAUACUUCAUCUUCUUUUAAUAAAACAGAUGAUCUAUUUAAACAUGAAUUUUCAUCAAAUGUUGAUAAUUUAUAAUUAGAUUUUAUAUCCAACUUUGAUUAUAAGUUUAUAUGUGCAACAAAAAAUAAAUCUAAAUAUAUAUUAGAGAUUAAUGGAAAUCUAGUUGAAGUACCAGUUACUGUUACAUAAUUAGAACAUUAUAAAAUUAGUGUUAUUAUUUCUAGAUAAGAUUAUGUACGAUUCUUUGAAGAUGUAGAUUUGGCAUAUGAAUAUGUUUAAUUUAUUAGAGAUGAUAGUCAAGAAAUGAGUGAUUAAAUUCUUAUGGAUAAAGAAGAAAGAGAUAAAUGGGAUGCAAUGAUAUAUAGAAUGCAUUAAAAUGGUUGUAGACCAGUCAUAUUCUUUAAAUCAUUUUUAGAUGCAAAUUAACACACUUUAUUUCUCAAAAAUCCAAUUUAAGAAUUGAAAUCAUAACCAAGAGCAUAUGAAUUAUGUUUAGUUAUUGGAAUAAGAGAGAAAUUAAGAAAAUCAAUUUCAGUUGUAAUUAAAAACUUUUUAGCAGCAGAUAUGAUCAUUUGGAUAGCAAGUGGUGAUACUUUGGAUAAAGUAUUACCUAUUGCCUAUAAGACUGAAAUUCUUAAGGAUCUAAUUCCUAUUAUACAUUUUGAUCAAUAAGAAGUCAAUCUACAAAUUAAAUAAUAGAUUUAAUGGUUAUAUAAUAAUCAAAUUAAACAUUUAAAAGAUGAUUCUAUAAGUGUUGAAAAAAGAUCAACAGAACGAUUAGUUUUGAGUCCCAAUCAAAAAAGAAGAUCAAUUCAUUCAAAUGCUAGAAGAUAAAGUACCAAAGGUUUAUUGCCUGGAUUAGCAACAUCUUAAUAAAAAAUUAAACCAUUUUCAAUUCUUAUACAUGGUGAUACUUUAGAGAAAAUAUCAUAAGAUAAUUCUUUGUUUAAUCAUCUAGCAUUUAUAAUAGCUUUUUCAACUUCUGUUGUUGGAUAUAGAAUGUCUAAAUCUUAGAAAGCUAUAUUGGGUAGAAUAUUAUAAGAGAAGUAAGUAUGGAGAAGAAAAAUAUUAGUUAUUGGAGAUGAAAUUAAUGAUAGUCAAAUGAUGGCUUAUUCAGAUUUUGCAAUUUAAUUACAGAGUGAAAGACAAUUAUAAAAAACAACAAUAGAAAAGAUGGAAUAAUUAUAGAGAGGCAAAAAGGAACAAAAGAGUUCAAAAGUAUAAUAGGUGAGUGGAAAGAACAUUAACAAUAUCAUAAGUAAAAAAUCAAUUUAAAAUUAGAACAUUAGUAUAAGACAAUUCCUUAUAUUGGAAUGGCAGAUAUCAUAGUAAAAGAUUUUAAAAAUCUUAUUAGUCUAGUAUUAAAUGAAAGUAGAUAAUCUGCUGAAUUAUUAGAGAAUAUUAUAACAUUCUCCUUUUAUAGAAGUUAUCUUUUAUGUUUUACUCUAUUUUUCUAAAUAUUAUUCACUGGAAUAACAUUCUAUCCACCUUUAGAUUUCUUUUAAAGUUUACUUUAUAUUAUCCCUUGUUUUUCAAUGUUUUUUUAACGUUUAACUUAAAAAGAAGAGAAAGUAAACAGCAUAAAGAAUUAAUUAGUAUUUUUUUAUAAUCAAAAUCAAUUGGAUUUUAGAUAAAUGAGAUAUUGGUUGUUCUUCUAUAAAGUGAUAUUGUAUUCAGCAUUUGAAGCUCUUAUCAUUUCUGUGACUCUACAGAAUAUGGAUUUAAAAAGUAAUAAAGGAUAUAGUUUUGAUGAAUAAAUGAAAUCUAUUUAAUAGUUUGUAAUUAUACUGUUAUUAGAUUUAACUAAAUUACUGACUCAUGCCAAUAUUUAUUAAUAUAUAAUUCUACCUAUUGCUUAUUUUGGAUUAUGUACUGUAGGUUAUUUAGAUUAUUUUGAUUAUUAAUAUGGAGAAUUAUUCUAAUUUGUAUUAUCUUUAUAAUCUAUUCUCUUUAUAAUAGCAAUAUAGUUAAUGUUUUUUUGUUUUUAAAAGAUUUUGACUCAAUUUCAUUCAAUUUACAUGUACAAUCAUACAUAUUCACCUGAAGAUCAAAUAGAAAUUAACAAUAAAAUUAAACCAAUUUAAAUUUACAAUUAAAAAAGAAAGAAUGAAAAUAUAGUAAUAAAUAUAUAGAAAUAUGUAUUAAAGUUAUUUAAAAAUGAAGAAGAGAUUGAUCCUAUAAUAAAGUAAGUACUAUCUGGAAUUGUAUUAAGUGUAAAGACUACUAAGAUUAAUAAAAUAACACAAACAUUUAAGAAUAUGUAAUUAGAAAUUAAAUAUUAAUUAAAUGAAUUACCAUCUAUAAUUGAAUAUUAUAGACUCUACUAUCCAUUAAGUUGGAUGUUAGUAGAAGGAGCAAUCUUAGUAUAAAUUUGGUUGAUAAAUACUGAUGUAGAUUAUACAUGGUUUCUUUAUUUCACAUUUGGAUAUAAUGCAGCCUAAGUAUUAAUGGCUUUAUUUAUAUAUACAGUUGCUUUUAAGAAGUAUCAUUUUAGAAUUAGUAAAAUAUUGAUUACUUGUAGAUUGAUAUAUAAACUUAUUUAUGAUGCCUAUUUCUAUUAAGAUAAUAAUAAUGAAUUAACAGAUAUGUUAAUAAUGUAAUUAUUCAUGUUAUAACCACUUAUUGAUGAUAGACCUUUAACAAUUAUUUUUUAUUGUUUUGUUGUCAAUAUAAGUUUUAUUAUUAGAUUCAGUUCUAAUAAUACAACGACUGAUGAGAAUUUCAAUAAUUAUAUAAUGUUGAAUUAUUAUCUCAUUGCUUUAAUGUAAACAGCUUUAUCAAGUGGAAUGCAUCUUAGAAUUUAAAGAAAUUCUAGAGAAGAAUUCAUUUAAAUGUUGACUCUUGAUCAAUAAACCAAUUCUAUUAGUGAUACACUUAGUAUUUUGAUGCCUAGAUUUAUAAGAAAUAUGAUUAAUUAGAAAGGAGAAUUUGAUAUUUAAGAAAAUUAAGGAGAAGUGGCAAUUCUAUUUUGUGAUAUAUGUUAAUUUGAUAAAAUAAUUAAGACUGAGAAGGAAAAUGUUAUACAUCUAUUAGAUAUCUUAUUUAGACAAUAUGAUUCAUUAUGUAGUCAAUAUGGAUUAUAGAAGAUAGAAACUGUUGGUAAAACAUAUAUGGCAGCAGCAGGACUUAAAAAUAUAUCAACUUAAAGUAAUGUUAAUCCUGUUUUAAGAACAAUUCAAGUAGCAUUUGAAAUGAGAAGAUUUGCUCAGUAACAAAAUUUUGGUACAUCUGAAGAGAUUAUUGUAAAGAUUGGUGUACAUUAUGGGAAUGUAAUUGCUGGUGUCAUUGGUUAUCAUAAACCUUAAUUUUCUUUAAUUGGAGAUACUGUCAAUACUACUUCUAGAGUUUGUUCAACUGGUUAAGAUGGUUAAAUUAAAAUAUCAGAGGAGGCUUAUAGAUUAGUUAGUGGAUCAUAGGAUUUUAUAUUUACAGAAGAUAUUGUUGAUGCUAAGGGAAAGGGUUCAAUUACUACUUAUAUUUUAUCUGAAUAAUAAAUUACAAAGAAUUUGAGAAAUAAGAAUAAAUCUUAAAAAUAGAAUACUAAUAAUUAUCCUUCAAAUUCAGUAACUGCUAUUGAUAAUCCUGCUAGAUUUAAUAGAGAUAAAAAAAUAAAGAGAAAACCAACUCUUGUAUUACCUCAUUUGAAAUAAAAUAAUCCAAAAUUAUAACACAAAUCUAGUUUAAAUGUAGAUGCUCAUUAAUAAUAAUAAUCACAUGGUGAUAGUGAACAUGCAAAUCCUAUUGGAUAGAAAUUCUCUAUUGAAGGUGCUAAUUUAAUUGAAGCAAUAGAAAUUAAAUUAGGUAAAGAGAAUUUAUUAGUUGAUGAAAAUUUUGAUUUUUUAAAUGGAGAAAUUGAGAAAGAAAAAUUAAAAUAGUUAAAUUAAAAUGAAGAUGAAUUUAAAGAAUGUGAUGUUCUUAUAUUAGAUAAAAAGAAAUUAUUCUUAGAUUUUCAUCCUGAUGUAGAUCAUUAACAUAUUGAAGAUUUUUAUAAAGAAUUAACUAAAAAGAAUGCUUUAUUAGUGAUAUUAUUGAAAGCUGGAGUAGCUAUAUUAUUAUUAGUAUAAAAUACAUCUACAAUUUUAAUUUCAUAGAUCUUUGAAAACUAAUAUACAUGGUUUAUUAAUUUGAGUUUUGGAUAUCUAAUUGUUACAAUUAAAAUGGGGUUUCUAAUUCUAUUGUUAAUGAAAUAAUAUAGAGAAAGAGUAUUCAAAGAAACAUACUUUAUAUACAGUUAUAUUAUAACUAUGGUAUGGUGGAUCAUACAUAUAUUCUCAUACUAAAGUUUUAUAGUUGGAGAAAUUUGUAUUGCAGUAGGAGUAUUCUUAUCCUUCAUGACAUAAUUAAAUCCAAUAAUCAAAAUGAAAUAUAAGGUUAUAGAAAGUAUAUCUAUGAUAUCAGUUAAUUUAAUUGUUGUACUUGUUAAGAAUUGGGAGAAGAGUUUAAUUUAUUAUGCUAUCAUUUUAUAAUUGAUUUUCAUAUCUAAUCAAAUUUAUAAAUUCAAUAAGAAUGUUUAGAUGUAUAAUAAUAAAUGCAAAUUAAAAGCAAAACAUUAACAAUUAGAUUAAUUGGUUAAACAUUAAUUACCUAGACAUAUGUUAGAAUAAUUUUUAAAAUUUCAAUAAUAAAGGGCUGUUUUAAAGGAUAGUUAUGAUAAUGUAACAUUACUUUUUGCAGAUAUUGCAGGAUUUACAGAAUAUUCAAGUAAAGUUCCACCAGAAUAAGUUGUAUUUAUGUUGAGAAAUCUAUUUACUGAAUUUGAUAAAUGUUGUUAAGAAAAAUCAGUCUAUAAAUUGUAUACAAUAGGUGAUUGUUAUGUAGUUAUGGGUAUGUUAGAUGCAAAAGAUAGAAAUAUUGCAUUGGAAGCUAAGAAUACUGUAGAAUUAGGAUUUGAGAUGAUUAAUAUUAUCAAACGUGUUAGAGAUCAUAUAAAUUUUUAAGGAUUAGAUAUGAGGAUAGGUAUUCAUACAGGUUCAAUUAUUGGAGGAGUAUUAGGUACAGAAAUUGUUAGAUAUGAUAUUUAUGGACCUGAUGUACUUGUAGCAAAUAAAAUGGAAUCAAAAGGUGAAAAAGGAAAAUUAUAGGUUUCAUCUAGUACAAAAGAAAUCUUGGAAUAACAUUAUUCUGAAGAAUUCAAAUUUACUUUUCAUACUACAGUUGAUAUUCCAUCUAUUGAUAGAUCUACAGAUGGAUUUUUUGUCAAUUUUAAAUCUUAUGAUGAACCUUCAAUGGAUUUACAAGAUGAAGUUUCUGAUUGUUGACU